AUGGUAGACUCACAAGAAUCAUCGGAAUCAAUGGAUUCGUCCGGGACUAUCAACGGCCAGGACGGCGAUUUAGAUGAACAAGACCCAUUUGACAGUAACGAGUUCCUCAACCACGCAUGGCUCUACAAUAUCAAAAUCUCAGACAAUCUUUAUCCUCAAGAUACGAAUCCUCAUCCGAUAUCUCCACCUGCACUUACUCACUUUACGUUUCGAUGGCAAGAGAUCUUAGACGGAACCCAAAACCUCCAAAACACUAACUUGCUCGGUCGAGAUUUGAUAAGGUUUAAAGUCGGAGCUGCAAAGAUUCUAGAUUUACAAGACGGAGAAGCUCACCCUGAGUUCGUGGCAGAGAUCAAAGCCUUACACAGAGCUUAUCACCCAAAUGUAAUCAAACUUCUCGGCAAAUGUGUCAACCGUGAACACUGUGUCAUCGUCCACGAGUUCAUGCCAAAAGGCUCUCUCAAUCACUACCUCUUUGCUGACACAAGGCCGGACCGGGUUGUACACCAGGACUAUCCGGUUUUGGAUUGGGACACAAGGAUGAGAAUCGCAGUGGGUGUAGCUGAAGCUCUGGUUUAUGUACAUGAUGAGUUGAAGAUGAUUCACGGAGAUGUUAGGGCUUCAAAGGUUUUACUAGAUGAGGACUUUAUGCCGAAGCUGAGUGGUUUUGGAUUGGCGACUAGGAUCGUUGAGAAUGAGCAUGGCGUUGAGCAGCAGAGCGAGAUCGAUAGGGUCAAGGGAAGUAUGGCACCGGAAACAGAGAGGUUCGGUUUGGUUUCGAGCAAGUCUGAUGUAUACAGCUAUGGAGUUUUCCUGUUGACGCUUUUCACUGGAAGGAAAGAGUUUGAUCUUGAGAAACUUGGUUGGGCAAGGAAACACAUUAGUUGGUUAGUGCCAGUGUUGAGCAGAGAAGAGUGUAUGCCUGUGGUUGUUGACGUUGGGUUGGCUAAAAGGUUUUCGGUUGAAGGUUUGGUGAGAUUAUUUCGUGUGGCGAGGAUGUGUAUGGAGAAAGAGGUAGUUGCGAGGCCUGAUAUGCGGUUAGUGGAGUUGAUGGUUCGUCAAGCUGAAGAUUAUGAGGUCAUAGAGUUGCCCCCAGUGACCAGGAGAUGUUCGAUAUAGAGGAAGUUUCAUUAAGCGAUUUUGUAUAGGCUGCUUUUUUUUUUUU